AUGGAAAAUCUCCUCAAGGAGUUGCAAAAAACUUCUGAACGACGUCAACAGCUCACCUUUGAAAAUUCCGAAAUUAAAGCUCAAAUAACAGACAAGAUUGGACAACUCUCACGAAGCCUCGAAUCCAGCUCCCCAACUGAGUCGCACUUCGAAGUCGAAUUUCCCGAACACGCCCCUGGAGUUGCUGAACUCAAAGAAGCCAUCGAAAAUCUCAAGACUCGACUUCGUGAAUCGGAGCGGCGUUGCGCCCUUGAAUCACUGCGCUACGAGGAACUGCUUCUAGAGCUCGAGUCUUCAAGAAUGCGACAAAAGUACGAGAGUAUUGAACUUACGGGCGGUGUUCAUCCGUCAGCAUCCGUCACACCCACUGCUCCUCCCAACGGUCUGGAAUACGCACUUCCAAAGAAAGGAACUGUUUCUACUGACACCACCACAUUCAAGCAUUCCUGCCCUGAAUUUGUAGACGACAGACCAAACAAUGUCUGGUGCUGCUCGAAGGUGGAAAAUUUUCAAACCGAUGGGGAGCGAGACCUUUCCAGAAGAGUGCCUGCGCCCCGAGGGAUAGCGUUGGAGAAACAACUAACUCACAGUGUCAUUGUGAGUUGGAAACCGCCAGGAUUUCUAGAGAAUGAAGAGGAGGAGGAAGUGACCGCCUAUCAUGUCUACGCCGAUGGCCAAUUUCGAAAUUCCGUGGGCGGACAUGAGAAGUGUCGAGCCCUGGUUGAAAAUGUUGAUAGUUCCAAGGUGAAUGGCCUAAUUUUAGCAGUUUGCAAAUGA